CCUGGAUGAGUGGCGGAGCAGCAAGUGCCGCGGCCGCCGCUGCCACCGCCGCAGUCGCGCCUCCCCUAUCUAUGACCGGCGCCUCCUUGAAGUGGAAGCAGCAGCCCCGACACUCCCGACGGGAAGGACAGAGAGACAUGGAGAGAGGAGGAGAAAACAGAGAGGGGGAGAGAAAGGCACCUGCAUACCUGCUUCAACACCUGUGAAGUGACUCCCCUGCAGGUGGAGAGCCGGGGCUCGAACCAAAUUCAUCUUUCUGGGCUUGAGAUACUGAACAAGCAACACCUGACCCCAUUCAAAUCCUGUGUAUGUAUUUUCCACCCAAGAAAUUUCUGGUUUUGACAAGAGACCCAUUCUCCUGAUUAACGACACUGAUGGGGAAGAAACACUAACAAAAACCAUAGGAUAAGAGGGGGACAACUCCACACAAUUUCCACCACCAGAACUCCGUAUUUCUAACUGGCACCAACUGCAGAGGAAUCUCAAGCAUCAGGGAUAGGCCCAUGUGGGAGAUAUUUUGGGAAAGUCCACACCACAGAGACAGUUGCUUGUUCUCUAUAAAUACAGGCUCUGUUGACAAUCAUUAUCUCUUUAGUUGUCUGUAUUACAUGCUUCGAGAUGGAAGAUGGUGCCCCAAAGCACGUCAUCCAGAUGACAGGAUUUAAAAUGGAAGAAAAGGAAGCAUUAGGCAAAUUGCUUUUAAAACUAGAUUGUACUUUUAUCAAGAGUGAGAAAUACAAAAAUUGUACACAUCUUAUAGCUGAACGUCUAUGUAAAAGUGAAAAGUUCUUAGCAGCCUGUGCAGCAGGGAAGUGGGUACUAACUAAGGAUUACAUAAUUCAUAGUGCCAAAAGCGGCAGAUGGCUUGAUGAAACAACUUAUGAAUGGGGAUAUAAAAUUGAAAAAGACUCCCAUUAUUCACCUCAAAUGCAAUCUGCACCUAAAAGAUGGCGCGAAGAACUAAAACGCACUGGUGCUCCAGGAGCCUUCCACAGAUGGAAAGUUGUCCUCCUUGUUAGAGCUAAUAAAAGGAGUGAUUCUCUUGUAAGAGUCUUGGAAGCUGGAAAAGCAAAUGUCAUUUUACCGAAAAGCUCACCAACUGGAAUAACUCAUGUGAUUGCCAGUAAUACAAGAAUCACAGCUGAACAAGAAAAGGAUAACUUUAAGGCUCCAUUUUAUCCCAUUCAAUAUCUAGGAGAUUUUCUUUUAGAGAAAGAAAUUGUGAAUGAUGAGGAUUCCCAAGCCAAUUCUGUUUGGCAUAAUCAUAGCAGUAAAGAAAAAAAUAAAGAUUGUUGGAAAGAUACAGAAUUACUUGAAAUGAAAGGUGCUCUAAGAGAGACCAUGUGCAGAACCCAGAAAGCAAUGCAAAAUCACCCUGAAGAUAUUAAUGUUAGCUCAGUUUUGACUGAACAUCAUAAAAAAGAAAAAAUCAGAGAUUCCAAUAAAGACUUGAAAUUCAUUAAAAUGAGAAAUGUCUUAGGAAGGCACACGUUUGGAAUUCAGGAAAUUAAGAAAAAGGAUGAAGAUAUCCAAAGGAGUUAUAUUGUGAGAAAAAAAUGUAAAAGAGAAAAAGAAAGAGAUUCCAGGAAGGACAUGGAGCAUAACAAGCUUAAAACCGCUUUACGAAAGCACAUGCAUAUAGAUCAGAAAGAAGUGAAGAAAUCUUGUUUUGCUGACCAUGGCAAAGAAUCAAAAGCCCAGACUAUUCGAACAGAUAUGGAUAUUGCUGAAAUAAAAAAUGCCUUAUGGAAGCAUAUAUAUAGAGCUCAGGCCGUCAGAUACAACUGCAUUAGAAAAGAUAAACAACCAGUAUACAAUGUAGAGGUUAAAAAUGCUGAGUUUCCCAGAGGUAUAUUAAAUCUAAUUGAAAGCCUCAUUGAAGGUCAGUUUUUUAAAGAAGCAAUUGAAGAACUUUCUUCUUUACAAGCACAUUAUAUUCCUCCGGUUUGUCUUCUUCGUGCUCUUCUAGAAAACUUACUGCAGGAUAACAUAGAUACAUUUUCUGGCCGAUACUUUCACAUAUUGUCAGUUCUUCUUCACCUUCAUCCACCUUGGAAGUCCCCAGCCAUGUCAAAAUAUUACUUAGAGUUGUUUCAGUGCCCAACUUGUAUGAAAGGAACCUGGUCUCUAAUAGAAGUGCUUAUCAGGUCUUGUCUUUUCAAUGAAAAGUUCUGUCAUCAGAUUUCAGAAAAUAUUGUUGACUCUAAGGUGCUUCACCUGACACUGCUCAAAUUUUUCUUUAACUUAGUUGAAAGUGAAGUAAGACAUCUGAGUCAAAAGCUGUAUGACUGGUCAGAUUCUCAGAGUCUGAAAAUAACAGGAAAGGCAGUUCUUCUUGAAAUCUUUUGGUCAGGAAAUGAGAGUUCUGGACUAUUGACCAAACCAGUAAAUAUGCUUUUGGAAUGGACUAUAUAUUCUCAUAAGGAAAAAAGCAAAUCUAAUGAUGUUUUCAAACAUGAACUAGCUUAUUUACUGACUGGAAUUCUUGGAGCAGCGAUAGAUUAUUGGAUCUUUCUUGGUCUAAAGACGGGUAAAAAUGUGAUGCGACACAUGGCUGAUGACUUAGGAAGUUAUGUUUCUCUUUCAUGUGAUGACUUCUCCUCACAGGAAUUAGAGAUUUUUAUUUGCUCCUUUUCUUCCUCCUGGCUUCAAAUGUUUGUUGCAGAGGCGAUCUUUAAGAAAUUUUGUUUGCAGAGUUCACUUGGUGUUUCUUCUGAGCCACUCUCUCUUCAGAAAAUGGUAAAUUCCUAUUUGCCAGCUUUGGGGAAAGCUGGUGUGCAUGGGACUGGGAAGAUGCAGAUGCCAAAGAAAAUAGGACAGAGAUCUUGCUUUGAAUCUCCGAGGGCCUUACUAAUGCUGAAUGGUGCUAAACAAAAGCAAGUUGAAGAGUUACCAGAACUCAGCCUUGCUAAAUGUCCAUCAUUAAAAAGAUUGAAAAAGAAGUCAGAAGAAGAACUGUCAUGUUCAAAGGAGAAUUGCCCCUCUUUAGUUACAAAGAUAAACAUUCACAAGACUAACCUAAAAGGAGAAACAGCCCUUCAUAGAGCUUGCAUAAAUAACCAAGUGGAGAAAUUGAUUCUUCUUCUUUCAUUGCCUGGAAUAGAUAUCAAUGUUAAAGACAAUGCUGGCUGGACGCCUUUGCAUGAAGCCUGUAACUAUGGCAACACAGUGUGUGUCCAGGAAAUUUUGCAGCGUUGUCCAGAGGUAGAUCUGCUCACUCAAGUGGACGGGGUGACUCCUUUGCAUGAUGCACUGUCAAACGGACAUGUAGAAAUUGGCAAGCUGCUGCUCCAGUGUGGGGGCCCAGUGCUUUUACAGCAGAGGAAUGCUAAAGGGGAAUUGCCCUUGGACUAUGUGAUAUCACCUCAAAUCAAGGAAGAACUAUUUGCUCUCACAAAACUCGAAGAUACAGUGGAGAACUUUCAUGCACAGGCAGAGAAACAUUUUCACCAGCAGCAACUUGAAUUUGGUUCAUUUCUACUUAGUAGGAUGUUGCUCAAUUUUUGUACCAUUUUUGACUUAUCUUCAGAAUUUCUCUUAGCUUUCAAAGGGCUGACACAUUUAAGUGAGCUGCUUAUGGCUUGUAGGAAUUACAGGGAAACCACCGGUUAUCAUACUGACUGGCUCCUGGAUCUUUAUGCUAGAAAUAUAAAGACACUGCAGAAACUCCCAAAUAUUCUGAAGGACCUUCCUGAGAAUUUAAAAACGUGCCCUGGAAUGCAUACUGAGUCAUUACUGGUGACAUUAGAAAUGAUGUGUCGUUCAGUCUCAGAGUUUUCAGAAUGAAGCCAAAAAAUCUGAGUCGGCUUUCUAAACCGGCUCAACUUGCUGUGUCUUUGACUAUGGACUUCAUAACUUAUUAACAAAUAUUAAUUUGAUUUAUUUAUUGAUAGAAUUUGUAAAUUUGCUAGAUUUUUAAAUAUAAAGUUCUACAAAACUGUGGAACUUCUUUUUCCAGGGUUUAAAAUUUGACUCAAAAAUUAUAAUUUUGUUUAGUAUAUACUGCUUUUAUGAAUCUUUACUAUUUUUGCUCAAAAAGUGAAUAUUUAUCUAUUUAUAUUGUACAUGUAAAUUUUUUUGAUUUAAGUAUUUUUUAUAAUCAGAAUGUAAUAUUCUCUGUUGUAGAUGUUUCUGGUUUUAGAAUCAUGGCAUGGUUACUCAAGCAAAUGUGCAUAUAUAAACAUGUAUCUCUCUGUUCAUUCUCUGUAGGCAAUUGCACUAAAAAAAAAAAAAAGGUCAUUUUAGUUUUGUGUUCCUAAAAUAAACAUUUCUAAACAUUUAACAAGGUAA